AGGGAAGUGAAUCCAAAAUUGUUCAUUACACGAUUCCAAGGAUCGUGGUGGACCCUGAGAGGGAUACCCCGCGAAGUACCAGCGGCAGCGCAGCUGCCUGAUCGUGUUCGAUUACUACUACAUGGUACCUGAACCAAGUCCAGGCAAAGAAAUCUGGCCUCUCGUGGUUAAGCGUGUAAUGGUGAUUGAGUCGACUACUCGUUGUUGUAUAUCUUGCCAAAAGCAGACGCGCCAGGUGGUCGCGCCAAGAAGGAGGUACGACCGGGGGGUUGUACGCUAGCGAGCCCCUUUGCAUCGCGCAGGGAGUAGCUGCCAACGUCCCCAAAUUUCCACGACGACACCGCUCCAACACAACACCACAGACAUACGCCCCCGUCUCACCUCCAAGCAGUCUCGCCUCCACGCCUGGCUGUCUCAAUUGCGUCUACUCGCCGCCUCCACCACCACCCAGCACAUUCCCCACCCCCGAGUUCAUCAUGUCUUCGGCGCUUAACAAGACGCGCAGAAAGAAGAAUGUCAAGAAGGGUAUUCAGUUCUGCUUGAUGGUCUGUGGUGCCUCUGGUACUGGCCGGACAACCUUCGUCAACACCCUCUGCGGCAAGCAAGUGCUCGGACACAAGGAGGUUGACGACCCAACAACCGCACACGUCGAGGAGGGCGUCAAGAUCAAGCCCAUCACAGUCGAACUCGACGAGGAAGGCACCCGCAUCUCGCUCACCAUCGUUGACACACCCGGUUUCGGAGACCAGAUCGACAACGAGGCCAGCUUCUCAGAGAUCGUCGGAUACCUCGAGCGACAGUACGACGGCAUUCUCGCGGAGGAAUCGCGUAUUAAGCGUAACCCCCGAUUCCGCGACGACCGUGUACACGUCCUGCUCUACUUCAUCACACCCACAGGCCAUGGUCUCCGUGAACUCGACAUUGAGCUCAUGAAGCGUCUGUCGCCCCGCUGCAACGUCAUCCCCGUCAUCGGAAAGGCCGACUCCCUCACACCCGCCGAGCUGGCAGAGUCGAAGAAGCUGGUCAUGGAGGACAUUGAGCACUACCGCAUCCCCGUUUACAACUUCCCCUACGACAUUGAGGAGGACGACGAGGACACGGUCGAGGAGAACGCCGAGCUUCGUGGCCUGAUGCCGUUCGCCAUUGUUGGAUCCGAAGACAUUGUUGAGAUCAAUGGCCGACGGGUACGGGCACGUCAAUACCCCUGGGGUAUCGUUGAGGUGGAUAACCCCCGCCACUCCGACUUCCUCGCCGUUCGAAGUGCCCUUCUCCACAGCCAUCUUGCCGAUCUCAAGGAGAUUACGCAUGACUUCCUAUACGAGAACUACCGUACCGAGAAGCUUAGUAAGAGUGUCGAAGGUGGUGCUGCUGCUGACUCAUCGAUGAACCCCGAGGAUCUCGCCAGCCAGUCAGUGCGCUUGAAGGAAGAGCAACUGCGACGUGAAGAGGAGAAGCUGCGCGAGAUCGAAGUCAAGGUCCAGCGCGAGAUCAACGAGAAACGGCAGGAACUCUUGGCUCGCGAGAGCCAGCUCAAGGAGAUCGAGGCCCGCAUGAACAGGGAACAAAGCGGCCAACUGCAAGACCACGACGCAGACGAGGCUUAGGCCAUGUUGAUGCACCUCUAGCUUUGUCGUCAAAGAGUGUACUGGUCAUCAUACACCACAGUUGCGGGCGUUUGUAAUAGGUGGCUUGUGCAACGCCGACACGGAAGGAACAUGGUCGGAUGCCGCGCGGGCUUCAAUUUCUUCUUAUCUGGGGGCCUUUCCAACCUUUAACCGACAGUCUUGGAUCACACUUACGUGGCUACAAUACUGUCUAGACAUGACACUGAAGCUUCUCGUAUGUUUUCUUAGCUCCUUUUUCGAUAACUUAUUCCCCCGAUCUUUUUUGGUCCUUUCAUGUAGGAAGUAGUAAUUAAACAUUCUAAUAUCAUGUCGGUGGUCGUCG